ACCCUCCCCCAUCUCUCGUUUCUUUCCUCUCUUACAUCAAAUCUUCCCCUCACUACUUCGACAUUCCUCGCUCCCGUGAACUCUCUUUUCAGUUUCCAUUUCCAGAGCCCCUUCCUUUGUCCUUCCUUUUUAUAUGUAGGCAGCCAUCCCUCGAGGAGGAGGAGGAGAAGAAGAGCAGAGAAAGGAAAUUUCUUCGGUCGUCAGUUGAGAGACAGAAAAGGAAAGAAGAAGCGGACAAGAUGAGGAUGAGCUGCAAUGGAUGCCGGGUGCUCCGCAAGGGGUGCAGCGAGAACUGCAGCAUCCGGCCGUGUCUUCAGUGGAUCAAGAACCCCGAGUCCCAGGCCAACGCCACCGUCUUCCUCGCCAAAUUCUACGGCCGUGCCGGUCUUAUGAACCUUAUCAACGCGGGCCCCGAGCACCUUCGUCCUGCAAUAUUUCGAUCGUUGCUCUACGAAGCUUGUGGCCGGAUCGUGAACCCGAUCUACGGCUCGGUUGGCUUGCUGUGGUCCGGCAGCUGGCAGCUUUGCCAGGCGGCGGUGGAAGCGGUGCUCAAGGGCGCCCCCAUCAUGCAAAUUCCCUCAGAGACCGCCGCCUCCACCCCUGUUCCUCCCCUCAAGGCCUACGACAUCCGCCACGUCUCCAAGGACGCCGACGCCGCCGCCGCCGCCGCCAGCCGGGCCGCCGCGGAACUCCACAAGAUCUCCAAGUCCCGCACCCGGUUCAAGCGUCCCGCUGCUACCAAAUCGAAGCCUGGAGCCGUACUAGUCGAGGGAGCCGAACCGGACUCCGCCCGGGGUUGUGAUCUUAGCUGGCCCCGUUGUUACCCGGUCGACUUCAAGCGCGCUGGGAGUCAUGAGUCGGCCGGGAGCCAGGCGACCGAGCCCGACGCCGGGGAGGCCGCUGCGGCCGCAGGCGGGGGGGACGGCGAUAGCCGGGAGAACGAGAGCGAGUUCUCCGGGGAGACAGGGGAAGGGUCGCACGUGAGCCAAGGCGAUCCAAACCUGGCCGAGGAGAGCGAGGUGGCGCUGGAGCUGACCCUGGGGUUCGAACCGGUCUCCAGGGCCGGCCGGACCACCCGGCCCGCGGCGGAGGUGCGGUGCGACGUUAGCAGCUGGGGAUCUGAUACGUGUCGGAUGGAUCUCGGUCUCGAACUGCCGGCGUGAUGAUGAGAAAUUAAGCCGUCUGUAGCAUAUAAAUGGUGAAGACGAGGAGAUCGACAGUUUUGGCGUUGUUUAGAUGGAUUUGUUUAAUAUUAUAAUCCAAGAUGCUACAGCCCUAGCCCAACCCCCGCCGUCUCUUUUUCCCCCCUUCCGAGCUCCUCCCCUUAGGUUAGGAAUAGGAGGUUAGAGGGUCCCUUUCAUCUUGUUUUCUUCUGUAUGUAUGUUUGUGCUCAUAGGCAUUUCUAUAUAUGUGUAGUUCCUAUGACAUAAGAUAUAGAGAGAAGACGGAAGUUUCUUCUUCUGGAUAAUUGUGUGUUAUCAAGUGUUUAAUUUAGGAGGAAUGCUAAUAACAGUAAUGCUCUCAGUGUCCUGGUUUUUUGUGGAUUUA